GGAACAUUAAACUGGAAGCUUUUUCAGUAAAAAUUCCAUAAUUCAUCUCAUGGUAAGGGUAAUACACGAAAUAUCCAAAGAAUGUUAGCAUAGCUUUUUGGAAAUUUCCAACUUUCAGCCAAAUUAAAUAGAUCUUUAAAAUAUGGACGCCGCAGAAGCCUUUGAGAACCUUGCCAAUCUUGAACAAGAUUUCGGAAAGGCUGAAAUUGAAAUCUUAAGAAAGCAAAAUGAAUUAUUCAAGCCCCUUUUUGAGAAACGCCGCGACAUCUUAAAGAACAUUCGCAACUUUUGGGUGGUUGUUUUUGAAGCCGCAGGAGACGAAAUUAGCCAAUACAUCACUCCUGAAGAUAGCAUCCUGUUGGAAAAGUUGGAAAACAUCUAUGUUGAAAGAUAUAAUAAGGAAGACCCUCGCGAUGUUCGCAUCACGUUGACUUUCCAGCCCAACGAUUAUUUGGAGGAUGAUAACCUUAACUUGGUUAAAGAAGUACAUAUAAAAGAAAGCACUACAAAGGAUGAGGAGGGCUUAGAAAAAACUAACACUUCUCUCGUUUCGAAGCCCGCUGACAUCAAGUGGAAGGCAGGAAAAAGCCUUUUCCGCAAGAAUAAGGACAGCCCUCCAAACUUCUUUGAUUAUUUCCGUUGGACUGGUGAGGAAGAAGAAGACGACUUUGACGGUGCCUCUUUGACCAUCUUUUUGGCCGAGGACUUAUUCCCCAACGCUGUUAAGUAUUUCACCGAAGCCAUGACUGAAGAAGCUAGUGAUGAAGAAGGCUCUGUGGAUUUGGAAGAAGAAGAAGACGAUGAUGAUGAGGCCGCAGAAGGCGAGAAUCAAGAACCACCCAGCAAAAAAUCCAAAAAAUAGAGUUAGAAGUAGUGAGAAUUAAUGAAUCUCAUGGGUUCGAAUUCCUUUUAAGCGAAUUAUUCUUUUGAUAAUGAAAUAUUAAGUAGCAUGAAAUCCAUCUAUUACUUGAUAAUUAUAAAAUCACUGGAGGUGCGACAAAA